AUGGCUUCGUUUUCGCGCCUCAUCCGCUUCCUCGCCAAGGAUGGCCAUGUCUACUAUGGCGACGCCCUUCUACCCAGCGGCAUCACCGACAUCGGCAAAGCAGCUCAAGCCCGCGUCAUCCACGGCGACAUCUUCGGCCAGCACCGAGUGACCGACCAAGUUGCCGACGUGCGCAUGCUCCUCUCGCCGCUCGCGCGCAAGGACAUCGGCACCGUCCGCUGUCUCGGCCUCAAUUACGAGCAGCAUGCCAAGGAAUCCAACCUCCCCAUCCCCAAGUACCCCGUGCUCUUCUACAAGCCCGUCACGGCCAUCGCGGGACCCCUGGACGACAUCCCCGUUGCACCGAUCGCCCAGGAAGGCGAAGGGCUGGACUACGAGUGCGAGUUGGUCAUCGUGAUCGGCAAAGAGGCGCGCAAUGUCGCUGAGAGUUCCGCGUUGGACUACGUGCUGGGCUAUGCGGUAGGUAAUGAUGUUUCGCACCGGGAUUGGCAGAUCAAGCGCGGUGGAGGCCAAUGGGGGUUGGGCAAGGGAUUUGAUGGCUGGGCACCGUUUGGGCCGGGAAUCGUGUCGUCGAAGCUGAUUCGCGAUCCGAAUGCGUUGCAUAUUGGGACCAAGUUGAAUGGCAAGGUGGUGCAGUCGUCCUCGACGAAGGAUAUGAUUUUCGACGUCGCCAAGACGAUUGCCUUUUUGUCGCAGGGGACGACUUUGCUGCCGGGGGACCUGAUCUUUACUGGAACUCCGGAAGGGGUGGGCAUGGGUCGAAAGCCUGCGGUGUGGCUUAAGGAUGGUGACCAAGUAGAAAUCUCUUUGGAGGGCGUGGGGUCCAUCAGUAACCGGGUAGUUUUUGACAAGUCUACGCCCAAGCUCUGA